CAAACCACAGAGCAAACACAUCCCCACACCUAGGGUUUUCGCCGAACGAAUCGAAGAAUCAAGAGAAGUCCCCAUGGCGUCGCGACCGUCGCUCAAGCCGAAGCCGAAGGGCAAGGGAGGGAAGAAGGGAUCGUCCGCGGCAGAGGACGAGCAGACCACCGCGGCGGUGGCGGUGCGGCUCGCCAAGGAGUGGAGCACGUGGACGAUGAAGAAGGCGAAGGUGGCGGCGCACUGGGGCUUCAUCCCCCUCAUCAUCGUCGUCGGCAUGAACUCGGGAGACUCCAAGCUCUCCUGGACCCAGCUCCUCUCCCCCGUCUGAUCCGAUCCCCGCGGAGGGAUUCAUAGAUUGGAUCCUUUUAGUAGCUUAUGUCUGGUAGAUUGUUUCUUGGAUCGUGGUUGGUGAGUUCUUGAUCCCCUUGUGGGGGAUCUUGCGUUUUGCUGUAAUAACGUUAUAUGGGCGGAUCAAUCGAAGGAUUCGACCGAAUAUUGUUACCUCAGGCUGUAUGGAUCUGCUUCUAGUUUCAUAUUCUGUCGAACUUACUCUGUUAUUUUUGUAAUUCGCAAUUUUUUUUCUGCC